ACUAGAUUCCAUGUCCAGAAACAAGCUAGGGCUUGGGAAGCCAAAAACUUUGUGGGCCUAAAGCUUCGUUGGCAUUGACAUUUCUAGCAGCUCAACAAUAAUUUAACGGCAAUUCCUCCUUCACUUCACAAAGUCAUAAGUUACACACACCUCUCUCUCUCUCUCUCUCUCCCCUCUCUCUCUCUCUGUGACUCUCCUCCCCUCUGUAUUUCUUCAUCAAUGGAUGAAGCUCAGACUCAAACCCUAACACAAACCCAGCUACCCAAAUCCACAUUCAAGAGGAAACACAGAAAAACCCAGCAAAAACCCCCCUUGGGAAAUGCGGUGCAUGGAUCUUUACCCAGCAUAAACCGGCUGCAGACAGCUGCGGAUUCGACUCACAGAAGAAGCAGAAAACAGAGCACGAAGGGUGAAAUGGUCAACGAUGUAGAGACCGCAUGUCGAGAGGAGGAGGACGGUGAGGAGGAGGUGGAGAGGAAGAUUGAGGCGUUGCAGAGGAUUGUUCCCGGCGGUGAGUCGCGCGGGGUGGACGAGCUUUUUGAAGAGACUGCUGGGUACAUAAUGGCGUUGCAGGGUCAGCUCAAAGCCAUGAAAGCACUUGCCAGCUUGGUUGAAGGUUUGGAGAAGGAGAAGAGGAAGUUUGGAGGUUGAAUUGAUUAAUUAGUUCUUAAUUAAUUAAAUUAUGGGAUCUCUCGCUGAUUGGGAGUUUGAAAAGUUCUUAAUCAGGUUCCAUGGCAGACGAAUGAAAUCCUUUUUUUUUCUAUAAAUUCGAUUUAAUUUGUUGGGUUA